UACGUGUAUAUUUGUGUACGUGUAUUUUAGCUAGUAUCAUUGAUUCGAACUGCCAUAACGACUCCUAGUAUAACGGAUUAACGGUUUAUUAUACUGGCCGGUUGCAGCGUUUGAACACAUCUCAGUACUGUGGUCGAAUUCGAAACUUGUUUCAUCAAAAGUAAAAUUUCCAACAACUAGCAAAUGCAAUACGCCAUUAUUAGCUUUGAAUUCUUUUUUCGUAUACAUAUGCAACUACCUCUCAUCGUUGAGGAUUCGAUAAAUUUUGAUACUUGUACCGUUGCAUUCAAUUGGAGAUCGGAAAAAAUUAAGAAAUAUUGUAUGACUUAAACGCUGGUAUUCAUUAAGACGAAGAAGUUGUGGUCGCGUUAUUAUCCUCUCAAUAAAACUUUAAUUCGUUGUUUUCCUUUUUCUCAUUUCACCUUUUAUAGUGAAUUUUUUUCCUAUGAAUACAUAGCGUAAUCACAAAUUCUCUCGUCAUAGAGGUGAUUAUCUUUUUUCCACGUUCAUUUUUACUUAUAGUUUUUCUGGUGUUUUUUUUCCACAUUGCUGUCUUCAAAAAAAGUUUUUCUGUUUAAACGAGUAACCCUUUCAUCUGCAAUAGAAAUAUUUUAUGGUUUUUAAUAUUCCCAGGUUUUACUAGAUAAAGGAAUAUAUAAUGUAAUGCAGAAUGUAUGUAUAGUGAAUUAGGUGUAAUUAUAACUUACAUUGUCAAAUAUUCUCCAACUUUGUAUUUUACGAUACACAUUCAUAUAUAUGUAUAUAUAUAUAUAUACUAUAUACGUAAUGUGGUUGUAAAGGAUCUUAAUUCUUAUUAUGAAUAAUUCAUCUGAAGUUUUUCCUUCUUUUAUCACAUAUUAUCGGGCGAAAAAAUUGUUUUUUUUUUCAUUUUUUUAACUUAAUUAAUAUCAACUAACAAAAUGCUCAUUUAGAAAACCUUCGUUCGUACGCUUUACUAUGCGUGCGUUACUGAGCCAUAAGCCUAUUCGAAUAUUGGCGUUGCGUGAAAUAACACUCAUGACUUUUUUUUACCAAUAUUCUUAUUCGCUCUUCACGUUGUUAUAAGAUUUAGUAAAUACACAAUCCGAACACAUACAUGCCCACAUUACUCGAAAUGGCGUCGGGAUGAUAAAAUCUGAUUAUUACUUUGAUGCUAGGGUAUCUUAAAGUUGACACAAGUUGGUGAGCGGGUUCUUGAGCUGAGAGGGUUAAUAUAGUUUGAGAAGAAAUUUUUGUUUUCAAUGGAUUAUUAAUAAUGGGAUCUUUUCCUUCAUUAAUUGUUGGAAUGCAGGAUGGUAUGCAUCGUCAGUGCACCGAUCUAUGCCAUCUGAAUCGGUCGAUCAUAGUAAAGCACUUAAUGAAAUGAACUUGGGGAAAUUCAGAAUUACGGAAUUGAAGAAAAUUAAAAAUUAAUAAAGAAAAUGUGAAAAACGAACGGCAGUCUAGUUAUUCAAAUUUUUAUCUUGGAUGAUAUAGCCCCAAAUGACUAAAUAAAAUGACGUGAAAAAAAAUUUACGUCAAAUAAAAAUUGAAGUCAGAAGAACAUCAAAAAUACCCAAAUUAAAAUACAUAUUAAUGUGUUAUCAUUAUUAUUAAUUAAUUAAUUAUUAUUAAUUUUAAUUAUUAUUAUUAAUUAUUAUUAAUUAUUUUAAUUAUUUUAAUUAUUAUUAUUAUUACCAAUAACACAAAAGCAAAACAAUUUCAGUAAGACUUCUCGUGUAGAUUGAAAAACAAAAAACAUUGUCACUUUAUAUGCAAUAAAUUUAACAUAACAAUCGAGCGUACCGAUUCUUUUCAACUUCAUUAUUCGAAUAUUUCAUUAUCACUAUGAUUGUUAUUGAUAUUAAUCAAUGCAUGUCGUACAAUAAUGUAAAGCACCAUUCCAAUUUCGGACGAAUGAGAAAAAUAAAACAAUGAACAAAUAAAAUAAGGUAUAUAAUACGCACUUCGUGGUGUACACGAAACAUGAAUAAAUAUCGACGAUAAUUAGUUGUAACUUCAUAUAGCUGAUAGAUAAUCAUUUUUAAUAUGUUGUCAUCGUGAUCAUCAUGAGUAAUAUAAUGAAAGUGGAGGAGGCGAACUAAGGGAAAUACGAGUUAAGAUAAGAACACCAAAUUGAUACGUAAUUCCUGCGCUACUAUAUUGAUCGAAGUUUUGGAUAGAUGAGCUAAAAAUUAAUUAAUUAUUGAUGAUAUUUAUGUAUAAAAUAUAAGCUUUUUGAAUCGCUAUAAGGAUAUAUCAUUCGGGGCAACAACAAAAGGGAAAAAAAAAAAAAUAAUCUGAUGCGCGGAAUGAAAUUAUAUCAAAUUCCUGUAGCUUCCUUCACUCCUUGCAUUAUCUUAUCAUAUCAUCAUAAUUAUGCGCAUCCGCAUAAUUAAUUGACCGACAAAAAAAUUUCAAAUGUAUACGUUGUUUACGAUACAUAAUAUACAUAUGCAUAUAUGCAAUACCUGUAAUUUUUAAUCGUGUGUGUUAUCGUUGUAACGGAAUUAAGAAUGAAUUGGUGAAUUCUAUCUCUUACAUUAGUUAUGCAGCAUUAUUAUACAAAAUAUCAUACAAAAUAAAAAUUUCAAAUUAAAAUCAUGAUGGUAUCACAACAAUAAUGAUAGUAGUGGCACCGAUAACGAUGAUAAUAAUAACAAUAAUAAUAAUAAUCAAAUUUCUAAUUCAACAACAAUCUUGUCUACAGAGUGCACGAUUUUGAACGUUCAUAAGCAGCUAAAAAUUUGGCGAAAUAAAACAGAUAUCGCUUUUUUUUUCUCAUCAACUCUACCAUUUUCAAAAAUUCUAGUUAUUGAAAUGAAUAUCAAUUCAUUUCUCGACAAAAGCUUGUUGCUACCGUCAAUAAAAAUCUUACGACAUUACAAUUUAUUCGUGAUUUUGCUUGAUUCAAUUUUUUUUCGAAUUUAUUGAUUAUUACAAUAAAAAAUAACUAAUUGUGAGCAAAAACAACCAAAGUAUGAACUAUAGGACUGUUUGAAGAAUGUAAUUAGAUAUUUCACCGUAAUUCUUCAAAUAAGCCACUCGGUAGAAAGAACGCGAUCUCGUUAUCACAUCUACACGUGGUAAUAAGUUAAUAUUUUCUAUAAUUUUUUUGUUUGAACUUAAGUCAAACUUAUCAGUUCGAAUACGUAAUACGUAUAACAUGUCAUAUUAAUAUGCUAUACGUGUAUGCCAAUAUUAUUUAAAUGCGGAAGGACUUCAUGGUGCUUGCGUCUAAUAUAGAAUUUAUUGAAAGAUCUCAAUCGAUACUUGAUAUUCAAAUCGGAAGAAAAAUAAAUAAAUAAAAUUUACUCAAUUUUUUCUAGCAGUUAUUAUGAUAUGAUUUCUUUUUCUUUUCAAACAAGACCUAGACGUUGACUAGGCAUCGAUUUUAAUGGCGUAAAAUAAAUACAGCGAAUAAAUUAAAUGGUAUCAGAUAAAACAUUGAUCCCACGAGACGAGGAAAUUGCUGAAUUUGGAAUACGGUUUUUGAACGAGACCGAAAAUAGUGGAGGAAGGAAGAGAAGUUCUGGAACUACAAACGAUCAUUCGAAAAACCAGUUUAUUCCUCCUGAACACUGAAAAAAAUUGCGGUAGCUUCAUCGAUUGAAUGAUAUCACCGUAGCUACCUUGGUGGUGAAUGGGAGAGGAAAUAUUCCGAAAAAUUCGGCAAUUAUUCGAGCUUGCGACCGGUUUAAAAUCGCGGCAUCCGGAAAUGGGACAUGAAGUGGGGGUUCGGGUGGAACGUAGGGGUGCAGAGUGGGUGGUUUGGUAAUCGUUAGCGGCGACGGGGGAUGCCCUGUGUGUCUAGGACACGAGGACAUAUCGUCGUGGCGCAGUGCGGCUCUCUAGAUUUCCUCCCUACCUCGUGCUAGCGAUUCAAUGAACGCCGUUCCAUCUACCUUUAUAUAUACAUACAUACACAAUACCUCGUAUACACUCACGCAUUUGUAUAGGUAAAACUCUUGAUACGGUGGACUCCCCGGGUGUUCCGGUCAACUCAGUCCUCUCCGUUCGGCCAACUGAGCCGGUAGCUGUUGCUGGAUUCACUGAUUUCGUUUUGCCAUGCAAGAGCUCUUUAUCUGCUUCUGACACCACCUGCUGCUGCUGUUUACCUACUGUGACACUUUACUACCUCAUAUUUAUCCGAUUACUACCCACCGCCAAUUUUAAGGUGUUUAACAGGGUAAAAGUAGUUCCAAUGAUGAAACUACUGGCAGGAGUAGAGGAAUGUGACAAGCAUGUAAAAGCGGUGAGUUGCAACGGUCAUGUGGCCUGCGGUACAGCGCGGGAAAGACCUGGAGCCAAGGUUCAGCAGGAAGCCGCACAACCCCUCGUUUCUCAGACGAAGGAUAACGAAAAAUCGGCCGAUUCUGCAUCGAUCAAAGACGAAUCGACACUCCAAGAUGAAGAAAAAAUGCGGAGGCUACUUCCGUUCGCUGAAGCACCUGAAUAUCUACAGUUCAAUCCGUUUAUCCUACACGGAUAUCGGGGGUUUUUGACCACCAAGUUAUGCCUUGAAAGCAUUUUUUGGUGGACGAAUGAAACGAUCAAUAUAUGGAGCCACAUAUUUGGCUGGAUGCUUUUCCUUGGAUUAACGCUUUACGAUUUAUGUUUGCUCAAUAUCCACGCCCCUUUUGGCGAUAAAGUUAUUGUAGCUCUUCUGCUAGUCUGUUUUCAGGCAUGCAUGAUCUUGUCUUCCAUGUAUCACACGUUUUCUUGUCGGAGUGAGAAAGAUUACUGGUGUUUCCUCUCCUUCGAUUUAUUUGGAAUCGCUUUGAGCUUGCUGGCAAUUUACAUGUCAGGAGUUUACUACGCCUUUUGGUGUCAUAAGGAAUUGCAGCAAUUCUACCUCAUUACUGUGCUGUUAAUAUUUGUAGUCGCUAUGCUCCUUCAAGUCCCAAGAUUCAACGUAAACGGGAACGUAAAGCUCUUAGUUUUCGUUGCCUGGGCAGCUUAUGGGGUGUUACCGACUCUUCAUUGGAGUAUCGCUAUGGGAGGGAUGGAAAAUCCCAUGGUUGCGAUGCUGCUUCCUAGAGUUUUAGGAAUGUACGCCAUAAGCGGCGGCGCCUUUUUCAUAUACAUGAGCCGGAUACCGGAGCGAUUUUUCCCCGGGUCCGUGGACUACGUUGGUUCUUCUCAUCAGUGGUGGCACGCAUUGGUCGUUGCUGCUCUCUACUAUUGGCACAAUACAGGAAUGCUUUACGUCGAAUACAGACUGAAUCAUGGUUGUCCAACGAAUAUGCGUCUCUGACAGGGUGAUACGACCACCUCGUUCUCAGGUCCGUAUUUUGCAAUGGAGUGCGCGUGUGCCAUGGAGCUAGGAGUAUGGCCCUCUUGGUGGUACCAGGAGCUCCCAUUUUACGCCACAAAAAGGCUUGCGACUUGCAUAGUGGAAAAUCCAAUUUUCGCUUACCUCAGAAGGCGUAAAGUUUGAUGUGAAACAUCGCGGCACAUUCGCAGGGGAUCGACAAUCUGUGUUAAAUGGUACCAAAAGUACAGAAGAUAUGCCACGCGUCACCGCAAGAACAGGAAUGAAGAUCAAAAUGAUUAUAAUCUGCAGGCACAGAGACAAAUCAUUUGAAAUUAAACAGACGUUAUUAGACUUUAAUUAUAGUGAAGCAGCUCAAAAAAACGAAUAGAAAAUUAUUGUUAUUGUUAUAUUAAUAUACUGACAAUGGACGAGUGGUUCGAUUGGCAGGUUGACGUGCUACUGCCGCAAUGGUCAAGCAACACGAGCAAUGAGGUCAAUUAAGAUGCACGCUGUCUUGAUGUGUUCAUUUUUGAAAAUAAAAACAAAAAACAAGUACACAAAAAAAAAAAAAAAACCAAAAAGACGAAGAAAAAAAAUUAAAUGUACAUAAAAAUUUA